AAAAACAAGCCAAAUCUGUAUCUGAUCCAAUUAAAAGGGACGGUUAUAAAAUUGACCAAUGGCAUCGAAGAGCGACACAAUUAUUUUACUACCAGCGAAUCGUACGGCGCAGCCGAGUGACGUAUCGCAGUCAGCUGUUCUUGUUAUGCUUUUUUUCCCUUCCUUUUUUUUUCAUUUCCUACAGUCUGUUGUGCUCAAAAGACGGGAUUUGUCAUAAUUUCUCAGUCGAUACCAGCCUCCACUGCGUCUGAAUCAUCGUGCAAGGCGAGCUCGGAUGAGGCUAUUUCUCCAAAGGAGGUCGAUCCCAUUUCUUUCCAGCUGGAUCAGUCUUCGGCCAAAAUCGAGAAAAUAGGUGCAGUCGGUCCCAGGCCUGCGAUCCAGGCCCGAGGGAGAGAAGGAGGUCGCUGCUGGGAAUCGGGAUGGAGACCGCAGAGGGUUCCGAUGGUACUAGCGGGCCGAGUGGACUGGCGCCCGGGCUUGGGUGCGCUUCGUUCAACCAGGAUUCCACCUCAUUGGCUGUGGGCACGGGCAUGGGCUACAAGCUGUACUCCCUGACCUCCGUGGAGAAGCUUGACUGCAUCCAUGAGAGUGACAGCCCAGACGUCUUCAUCGUGGAGCGUCUGUUCUCCAGCAGCCUGGUGGUGGUGGUGAGCACGGCCUUGCCCCGGCGCAUGAACGUCUAGCACUUCAAGAAGGGCACGGAGAUCUGCAACUACAGCUACUCCCACGACAUCCUCGCCGUUCGGCUCAACCGACAGAGACUUGUGGUGUGCCUUGAAGAGUCUAUUUACAUUCACAACAUCAAAGAUAUGAAGCUGCUGAAGACCCUCCUCAACACGCCGUCUAACCCGUCUGGUCUAUGCGCUCUAUCUGUUAACCAUUCCAACUCCUACCUGGCUCAUCCUGGCAGUGCCACCAUCGGGGAAAUUGUAGUUUACGACGCCAACAUCUUGAGCACCGUCACUAUGAUCCCCGCCCACGACACCCCGCUGGCCGCGCUGGCCUUCAACGCUCAGGGCACCAGGCUGGCCAGCGCCUCCGAGAGGGGCACGGUCAUCCGGGUCUUCUCCAUUCCUGACGGCCAGCGUCUGUUUGAGUUCCGGAGGGGCAUGAAGAGGUACGUCAACAUCAGCUCCUUGUCCUUCAGUCCUGACGGCCAGUUCCUCUGCACCUCAAGCAACACAGAGACGGUUCACAUCUUCAAACUGGAACAACUUGGAAUAACCGCUGACUGUAAAUAAAGUCCAUGGAGGGAAGUGUGGUCCCAGUAAUCCUCUCAGCUGUCUUUAUGACCCUUUGGAGUGCCCUCCUCUCUGCCUGUGUAACGGGUUGCUUCAAACUACGGGACAGAAAGUAACGCGGUCUUUUCAAACCGAGUGGUACCGCCGAAAAGACUGGCUGUGUGGCUGUGCUACGAGAAAUCGCCUUUUCUACUACAUAACAAUUGGGUUCAUAUAUUUGUAAAUCUGACUCUGAAAAGGUCAGUGCCUCACCAGCCACGGGCCUCACUACACGUCUCUGAUACCUAUCUGAUAUAUCAGAGCCGACUCCUGAGAGCAGACGUAUCUGAAGCUGUCAGGGAGGAACCAUGGCUACCAUCUCUGAACCGGACCCUGGACUCUCUGAGGAACCUGGGGACGCGUCUUUGGACCGGAGGGAGCGCAGGAAGAGAGGAUCUGCUGGUAGAGCAAAGAAGAAGGCUAAGUCCAGACGCCGGGGAAGCCAUCAGAGAG